AUGGCACAAAUACUCGGAGACUCGUCUUGCGCGAUUGAAGCCAACAUCAACUAUUACAAUGAGCCUCCUCCCGGCGAGAGACCCCCACCGGUGUUUGUAGGCACUGUUGGGGGCAGACGACAGAAAUGGAACACUCAGCCUAUGCGAGUGACGGACUUGCGAACUGUCGACAGUCACUUCACCAUCCAUGAGAAUGGCUUCCAGUUCGUGAGCUUCCGUUCUAUGGAUGGUGCAAAUUAUGAUUGUUUUGCUACCGACGAGGAGAUCAAAGCAAAAGUCUAUCCCGACGUAAAGGACACGCUUAAAAGAGUUGCGGGAGCUACCGAUGUCUUCAUCUUCAACCAUAUCGUCCGCAAAGAUCCACAUGUCGAAGCUAGUGAAAUCAAAGAAGAAGUGCCAGACGAAGCUCAGGAUCACUCGCAAGGUCCCGCUAUGCUCGCACAUGUGGAUGUGUCCUAUAAAGGCGCCCAAUGCUUCCUGGACGAACUUCGCGUACCAGAAAGUGAAGAACUUCGAGCCAAGGCGCGAAAGCAUAGAUGGGGUAUCAUCAAUCUUUGGAAGCCUCUCAAGACAGUCAAUCGUGACCCGCUCGCUGUCUGCGAUGCUAGCACGGUACCAGAAUCAGACCUUCGACCUGUUGAAUACAUUAUUCCAGCCAAUGAAGAGCAUAGUACUGAGCGGCGUGAGGUAGAGUUGUGGUACGUGGCGCAUAAUCCGAAGCAUAGGUGGUACUGGCCUUCGAAUAUGCGGCCAGAUGAGGCAUUGUUGAUCAAAUGCUUUGACAGUCGAGAGCAAGGAGUGGCGAGAAUGGCGCCUCAUAGCGCCAUCAAAUUGCCGAAUCAACACGGACCGCCAAGGGAGAGCAUCGAGCUGAGAUGUCUCGUCUUCUACAACGAAAGAGCGAGGCUUUGA